GCUGAAUGUGCGGCGGUGAAACGGCAGGCCGGUAAAUAGCAGCCCGUCCUCGCCGCGGGCUCGCCCAGGAGGCGUCAUGGCGGCAGGGGGCCUGGCGGGGCUCCUGCCCGCCCAGACCCAGCUGGAGUAUGCCCUGCUCGACGCCGAUACUCCCCAGGAGAAGGAGAACUUGGUCUACCAGUACCUGAAGAAGAUGGACAGCCGGGAGCGGGACCUAACGGUGCCCGAGCUCGGCAGAGAUCUACAAUGGUUAAACACUGAAGGUCCUAUUUCUCUACACAAAGACCUUUGUGGAAAAGUUGUGGUGUUGGAUUUCUUUACUUACUGCUGCAUCAAUUGCUUGCACCUGCUGCCUGAUCUCCAUGCAUUAGAGCACCAGUACUCUGAUAAAGAUGGUCUUAUUAUUGUUGGUGUCCAUUCAGCGAAAUUCCCAAAUGAAAAAGUUCUGGAUAACAUUAAAAGUGCUGUUCUGAGGUAUAAUAUUGUCCACCCUGUAGUAAAUGAUGCAGAUGCAACACUGUGGCAUGAACUAGAAGUGUCCUGCUGGCCAACUCUGGUCAUUCUCGGGCCUCGUGGAAAUAUGCUGUUUUCGCUCGUUGGAGAGGGACACAGAGAGAAGUUGGUUUUAUUUACUUCUAUAACACUGAAAUUCUACAAGGAGAGAGGACAAAUCAAAGAUAACAACAUUGGAAUAAAACUAUACAGAGACUCCCUCCCACCUUCUCCCCUGCUGUUUCCUGGCAAAGUGACUGUAGAUAAUUCAGGAGAAAGGCUGGUAAUAGCAGACACUGGACAUCAUAGGAUUUUGGUUACUCAAAAAAAUGGACAAAUUCUACACACUAUUGGAGGUCCAAACAGUGGAAGGAGAGAUGGAAGAUUUUCAGAGGCAGCUUUCAACUCACCACAAGGGAUCGCUAUAAAAAAUAAUGUUAUUUAUGUAGCUGAUACAGAAAAUCACCUAAUUAGAAAGAUUGACCUGGAAUUAGAGAUGGUGACCACUGUAGCAGGCAUUGGGAUACAAGGUGUUGAUAAGGAAGGUGGAGCAAAAGGAGAAGAACAGCCUAUCAGCUCUCCGUGGGAUGUGGUCUUCGGAAAUUCAAUUUCAGGGACCCAGGAAGACGAUGUUUUAUGGAUAGCAAUGGCAGGCACUCAUCAGGUAUGGGCACUGAUGUUGGAAGGUGGAAAACUACCAAAGGGAAGUGAUUUAAAGAAAGGAGUCUGCCUUCGAUUCGCUGGGAGUGGAAAUGAAGAGAACAGAAACAACGCAUACCCGCAUAAGGCAGGCUUUGCACAGCCUUCAGGUCUCUCUCUGGCUUCUGAGGAACCAUGGAACUGCCUUUUUGUAGCGGAUAGCGAGAGCAGCACUGUGCGAACCAUCUCUCUGAAAGAUGGAGCAGUGAAGCACCUUGUAGGAGGAGAGAGAGAUCCACUGAAUUUGUUUGCCUUUGGUGAUGUAGAUGGAGCGGGCAUAAAUGCAAAGCUGCAGCAUCCCUUAGGAGUAACAUGGGACAAGAAAAGAAAACUACUCUAUGUGGCAGAUUCCUAUAAUCAUAAGAUUAAGGUUGUAGAUCCCAAGAUGAAGAACUGUGCUACCCUGGCAGGCACAGGAGAAGCAAGCAAUGUUAUUGGUUCCAGCUUUACACAGUCAACUUUUAAUGAACCGGGAGGUUUGUGUGUUGAAGAAAAUGGCCGCUUGAUGUAUGUUGCAGACACAAAUAAUCAUCAGAUUAAAGUCCUGGAUAUGGACACAAAAAUUCUUUCCAUGUUGCCUAUCCUGAAUCCAGAAGCAUGCGAUGUUCCAGAUAACCUGCCUGUGCAAAAGGAUAAAAUAACAAACCUUCUAAAACUGCCUAAAUCUGCACCAAAUGUUCAACUUCCUUCACUAACUGUAGCUCCUGGCCAGACAAUUCAGUUUUUGUUAAAGUUGACUCUUCCUCCAGAUUCAAAACUGAAUGAAGAAGCACCCAAUUCCUGGUUUAUCACAGCAGAAGAUAAUACCUGGUUGCUUCAAGGACAGUGUCUGUCUGGAGAAAUAAAGGAUGUUUCCUGUCAAACUAUCAUUCCCUUUCAGUUACCCAGGAGCCAUCUGUCAGCUGAAGCUAUCCUGGCUGUCAAAGCGUGCCUCUACUAUUGCAGCAAAGGUAGCAGUGCCUGUAUGAUGAAAGGAAUCUCAUUCAGUCAGCCUUUACAAAUAGCUAGUACAAACCAAGGCAGCUUGACUCAAGUUGAACUGAUACACACGUUUUUAACCAACUAACCCAAAGCCAGCUAAUUUCAUACUUUAUUUUACUACCCACCUGUAUUUUACUGUAGGAGAAAAACUUUUCUCCAUUGUUCGUUUUCCUGGAGCUUAUGACAAAGCUAAGAAAUAAUAUAUGAAUAUAAAAUGAAGUAGAUUUCCCUACAGCUUAACGUGAAAAUUUAUCAUCACAACCUCAUUUCUUUUCAUUACAGUAGCAGCGAUAAUAUUGUAAUACUCUAGACUGUUGCCAAUUGUGAAUAUAUUGGAUGUAUGCCAUUCUAAGCAAUGAGCAACAAUUUUUGGAGUCCUUUUGAAAGAGCUGGUGUUACUUUGUGAUGCUACUGUAAGAAGUUCUUUGCACUGUACAUACUGCUAGAAUAGUUAGAUCAUUUCGGACUAACAGUUACAAAUUCCUUUUGUGCCCUUACUAAAUUUUAAUAGAAUGUCAAAACGAAUAGUUUCUUUCUCUAGGCUGUAAAAGAAGUAUCUUGCUUAUUUUUCUGUAAUGGCAUUUAUGACACAUGUAUUUUGAAAAUACAUCUUGAAGUAGGUGCAGCUCUAAUUUUAUGCAAACUGAGUGUUUUGCUUAACUAGAUAUGACCGCCUAAUAUGAAGAGCAUAGUUUCAUGGAAAAAUUUCUGUGAAAGGAAGUGUUCAAGUUCCUACAGCAGAAUUUCAUGCUGAUUUCUAACAAAGAAUGUGCCUCUCUCUAAUCUGUAUAUAUAUGAAGAAAAAAAAAACCACAAAACCAUGCUGGAGUUUUUCUGAUACAUACCAAUUUACAUUUUAUACUAAGUGGUAGAUAAUGAUUGAAUAUCUAAACUGCAAAAAUUAAAUGUCAACCAUUUCAAGCAGGGUGAAUCACUUUCCUACUUUUAUGAUUUCUCUGUAAAGACUUGUCUGAAGACUUCUGUCUUGCAAAUACAUAAUAUUAAGAAAAAUAUUAUACUCUUGAAGUCUGAUUCAGAGUCUUUUGAAGUCACUGUUAGUCCCCCAAUUUGUAAUAGUGGCCAUGAACCAGAACUAUAUAUUUAAUAAUGGAUUAUUUGCAUUCAUGUUUAGAGGUUUUGAGCUUUUGCUAGAAAACUGGUAACCUAAUCUUUGAGUAAGGUGCUUUAAAACUGAAUUACAAAACUCUGCCUUUGGAGGUUAAGUGUUUUGCAAGUAAAAUUCCUUCAAUUUGCCAUAGUAAGUAGCAGGAAUACAGGAGGGGAGUGCAAGUUCUUUUACUUGAACUGGAAGAGUUUCCACAGUGCUUAAGUGGUAAUUGGAUUAGGCUCUGCGUUCUGGCCAUGAGAAUCAGUUCUGAGAAGAUGAUUUUGUUUUAAGUUUGAAGAUAGUAUUUUUACAUACAUUAUAAAGUACAGUAGUGAAAGAAUUUUUAUAUAGUCUUUUCCAAAACAAUCACCAUUGUUCCUGACACCUGUCAAUAAAUCCCCAGUAUGAUUUGUUGUUGCUCUUUCUUACUUAAAGGCUGACUGAAAUGUUGGUCAUGAACCCGAGAGGCUUUUGUUUUAAGGGAACCGUAUGGACUGGUGUGGUUUUUCCUUCCAUUGAAAUGCCAGUCUAUCUGCAAGUUCUCUGUAGUACCAGAAAUGGUUAUUAUCUCACCUGUCAGCAAGGCAGGGGCUGAACUAUUAUUUUUCUUGUGUUUGUUUUUUAAGCAACUUUUCUAAUUCAGUGUUUCAGCUGCUUUUAGUAAGCCUCUCAAUUCUCACAUGCCAUUUUGAAGGACAAAGCUUUGCUACUUUGUUCGCACAUUGUAAAUGCUAUUGGAAGGAUGGGGGUAAAGAAAAUGAUUUGGGCAUUUGUCAUUUUUUACACUUUAGUACAACUGACUCUUAGAAUUUUUUUUGUUUGUUUAACUUUGGAUAGUAGCCAGGAAACCUUAGAUCAGCUUCCAGCUAGCCCACAGAUUUUCUGUUGCUUACUGAAGAAAACAAGCAUUAAUUUCAGAAGUUCAGAAUAACGAACCAAACUCUUACAGUUAUCUUGAAUGUAUAAUUCAGUAGAUGGAUUUUUUUUUUCUCUCAUUUUCACCUAGAAUGACAUUGUAUUUGUCUAUUUCAGUUGGAUGAGAUCAUAAAAUUCCAGUAUUCAAAAAAAAAAGUCAACAAAUCUGUUUUCUUAUUGACACUUUUUAAUUAAUGUAUUGCUAUAGGGGAAAGACUGUGUAUUCCUAACUUUAUUUAACUUUAGUGUGUAAUGUUUAAAUAUAGUAUUGUAGAUAUGUUUUCUAUCUAAAUGUACACAUAUGAAUGUGUGUUUAAGUGUCAUAUCCUUUUUGUUUUCAAGUUUCAACUUCUAGUCACUGUAUUUAGACACACUCCACUAUAAGCUUAUUGGGAAAGGGUGAUAGUAGGUAGUAGGAAAACCAUUGCAUAAGCAUCAAGCUGAAGUCCAGGAUCAAACUGUAAAGGACCUUUAAAUAUUUAGUUGUAGCCAAAUUUCAAACAAUCAUAUUUCAAGGAAAUAGUUUCUUCACUAGUGGAGAACAGGAAUAUAUCUGUCUGAACCAGUUUUUUCUUUAUCUUUUAAGUCCAUGUCUUGUGGCAGAUGACUGAAUCUUAUACUGCCCCCCACUCUCCUAGUUUAUAUACUAUAUCCAUGCUACUAUUACUCUUUCUACAAAGCCUCAGAGCAUUCCUUGCUACUGCACUGUAAUGGCUUUAUACUAAAGGAGAGGCAGAAGAUGUGAUACCAUCUUAAAAAGACACAUAACCCACUAUUUACAAAGAAAAUCUGUAUAUCCCAAAAUGCUUUACCCCCAAAUCCGGUAAGUCCCUUUUAGGCAAUAACCCCUUUAGUUUGCAGGAGAGCUGUUUUUCCUGACUCAUCUUAGUGGGUUUCAUAUAGGGACACUGCUCUAAUCAUUCUCCUUCGUCAUCUUAGGAGCAGCUGAUUCUCAGUGUGCUCCAGUUCUUGCUGAUGAGGUUACUGGGGUUCUUCUGCUCCUCGCUCACUCAGUCUGUGUGUUCGCUGUGAUUGGCCUUUAAUCAUAUAGCCUAAUGCUAUGUUUUGUUUAUCCAAGGACUAGCGUACACAUUCCUGGAGUCACUCCUUCUGUUUCACUUGUGGUAUACAGACAUUUGAAUGUUCUGUAAUUAGAAAAACACAGUUUUUAAAAGCUUAUGAUGUUUAGGGAUAUUAUUUCCAUUGCUUCCUCCAGGGUUUACAAGAUGCUCUUACAGUAAAGCAGCAGGUGCCAUAAAUGUAACCAGACAGGCAAACAGAAUAGCACAUACAAGCUACAGAAAUUUGUUUCAGUUAAGUACCAGAAACCAUCUUCAAAACGUGAUUCAGAAAAACAGAAGACUUUACUACUGUUACUUCUGAAAAAUCAGAUAUAUUGAUGACUGCUAUCUUUUUGUACGGUAAUUUAGUUUAUUAGUGUUUCCUGAUAUAAAAAUUCUGAGCAGAUUGGUAUGGCUCAGCACUCCCAGAUUUGUAUCUUACAGUAAAAGUAUGUAAUUCAAGGCCUUUUCAAAACAUGUCUUUCUACUGACUUUAAUAGGUUUUGCAUCAGACCUUAAUAAAUUAAUAAAUUACUAUAGCAAAUCUCUAAAGACUAUUGGUCAUGGUUGUAUUGUAUAAUGGAAAGAAGUUCAGUGGCAUUUGCAGUUUAGUUCUAGCGUUUGCUUUCCUGGAACAGCUUUUGGUUUUUAAUGAAUAUAUUAAUAGUUCCAUGAGAUGUUUUUAGAAAUUUUAUUUAAUUACAGUACCAUAUUCUUCAUUAGACUAGAAAAAAGAUAAUGUGGUUUCAAAGGGAGAGCAUAAUGUAUUUUAAUAGGUUUUUCAUGUUGUCUGAAUUCAGCAGUAACUUUCUGUAGUUUGUUCCCUCCUGUUGAAGGAAGAGGAGGGAUGCUGACUGUGUAAACCUAUUGAUGGGCACAUUUUAUGCACACAUUUUUAGUUGACUCCUUUUUGUGUUAGAUUCUCACAUGUCAUUUUGGGCUUUUCUGCUGGAUGCACUUCUUCAUAGUUCGUGUUUUGCCUCUCAUGUCUUCCAGUUGUAGAGCUCUAUGUUUGUAUAAUGCUGUGGUAAUGUCGUGAUACAAAGUGAGUACAGACCAGAUGAGUAAUACAUGAGAAAGUAGUUUUAUAGAAUCAUGUAAAUGCCUUAUCUCCUUAGCCUGAGUAAAGGUGCGUAUGGCUUCCAGUACAUUGUAUAUAUUCUUAAUGCACUUUUUUUAUUCCAAUGGGCAAAUCUUUGCAGCUCAAACCAUGGGUAAAACUAUUUUUUGUGAGAAUGUCAAGAAAAACAUAUUCCUUAUCUCUUGCUCAGAGGAGGGGGAUGAUCAGAAUGAAGUGACUUUCCUUCUCGUGCAGGGGCAUGUCCUUCUGUUCCUUUAAUUAUUGACUAUUUAUUUUAGCAGAGAGAGUUGUAUUAUUGACCACAAAUUCUCUUGAAUUUUUGAUUCCUAACAAGGUUUUCUACAUACAUGGAAGCUUUAAAUGUCUGACUUUGUAGAGUUACGAGUGAUAUAUCUAGUUUAAAAUGGCUUAUAGUUUAGCAGACAAUAGCAGAGAUUUAUGUACAUUCUUAUGAUCUGUAAUUUUUUAAAGUCGCUGUUACUGAUUAAGACUUACCUCAGAGAGACAUUGCAGCUGAACUCCCACAGAAGUGUGUUCAUAAACUGUGUGUUGCAACUCAAAAGUGAGUUUUUUUGCUUGUAUAAUGCGCGAGAGAUGCUGUGACACGUUGCCUAUAUGUGUCCUCCAGGCUGCAGUUGUGCUACCUGGGGAGAAUUUACCAUGCACAGCAGCUUAUCAACCACUCACACUAACUCUCCACUCAAAUCUGCCAGCUCAGUUGUUCAUAUAAUCAAUUAAAAUUACUGAUUUAUGUUAGCAAAGAUUUAGUAUUUAGAAUUAAUCAUUAUAAUUUUCAUUGAAAUUGGUUUGUCAGGGAUUAGAGGAGCUUCUCUGUCCCAAGCAGGUAAAGUGUAAGAAUGGUGACAAUUAGUUGGAGACAGUUGUUGAAAAUGUGAGACCUGGUUAUUUUUUAAUUAAACCACCACAUCUGUCUUUGUAUACUACAACAGAUCAUUAAUUUAGAAAUGGUAUUUCUAAUAUUUUACAUUCCAUUAUGUUCAUAUAACCAAAUUUGACUACUGUCUUCCAUCAGAAGCAGCUGUUCUUACAUUUUACAGUUUUUGUACUAUCAUAUGUAAAAUCACUUACUCUCGUUAAGGAUUAGGAUUCAUUCUUGUUAAGGAUUCAGCACACCUAUGAUUGAGUUUCCAAGUUUGUCUUAGUUUCUUUGUCAUAAUAUUAUGGGGGAUUUUGGUUAGGUUUGGAUCUAUCUUUUCCUCCUGUAGUUUCCCCAAGAAUGAAAUGCAGCCAGUAUCUUGUUACCAUGGAGGGAUCCAAGUAGGGUAAUUCCCUCCACCAGCUCCUUGCCCCUCCCCUGCUUUAGGGAUGGGGAUGUAAACAGCAAGUGCAAUAGGGCUGUCCCAUAUAAAGAUAACAUUACCUGGCAGCUCACUCCAAAAGGGUGCAAAUGAGGUGACAAUUUCAGGAUGAGUUACACCAUGACACUAAUCUUCAAAAUGGAUAGACCUAGUGCAUACUGGCUUUCUGGGGUUUCCUGCUUCCUAGGUCUACUUCUCUUUACGGCCUAUAAAAUCUUGCUCCAUAAAGAAGGCAAGACUUCUGCCCUUAUUCCUGCAAAAAUCUUCAGUUAAUUGAUUCAUUAGUAGUCUUUAUCUUAAGAUAACCUGGUAAUAAUUACUGGAAUUUAGGACCUAUCUGGACCCUCCCCCACACUUCUAGGUAGCAUUAGAAUAAGAUUAUGUCCUCAGGUCAACUUCAUCAAGCUUUACACUGAUGCAGCUACCAUCAAAAUCUUGACCUUUACUUCUGGCCCUGUCCAGUGAGGUCCUGAAGUUGUUUCUAGAUCUCCCAGAGCAUCCCAUCAAACUUGAGUAGCCUAUGCAGGGGUUUUGAUGGCUCUCAGUUUCAGGAAACUUUGAUACUAUAAAUGAAAUACUUUGGCUAUUAGGUGAUUUGAAAGAUACCCCAGUUUGCUAUCUUUGCUAUCCCAGUUGCAGACUGUGCUUAAUUAUUUUCAGAGGGUAACACAUUUUUGUCGCAGUUGCAAAACUAGAAAUCUUGGAUAUAAGUUGAGGAGUGUUUGUGCAGCUAUAAUUACUUACUGCUUAGUGUACCUCUUUGUUGGUCCAUUGCUUUCAAGUGUACCAGAGAACUGGUUUUGCAGGCCCUAGGGCUAAGCAAAAGAAUUGCAAGUAUUUUUCAAGUCUUGCCUAGUUCCUUUGAAACAUCAACAAUUUUGAGCUGAAGAAAUCCCACUUGUAAAAAUCUGUUCAUAAAUCUACCUUAAAUUAAUGCUCUGUACUCAACAUGCCUCAGAAGAACAAUAUUCCACACUAUAUUUUCCCCCUUUUGACUAAGUAUUUAGAAACUCAACCCAUCUGGCCAUUGUCAGACUUCAUAGAAAGCAAGAUAACGAUUCCCAAUUUGAUUUUACAUUCAUGUUUUUUAAAAAUAAGAGCUUGUUUUUCAAGCUUUUGAUUAAACUGAAAUACCUCAUUUUGAACCAUCCAUUCAAGGAAUCUGUCCUGAGAGUUGCCUGUGUCAGAUAACUGGCUUCCAGAUUUUAAAAAUUCGGAAUUGAUAGUGAAGUGGAGGAACAGAAUUGCUAAAUGUUUUAUGUUUUGAAUGUUUAACUUCAAAGCUAUCCAAUUUCACUUUUAAAGGAGAAUUAGUGCAAUUAAAACUUUCUCUUCUGUAAAGCAUUACCAUUAAUGUACCAUUAAUCAUUGUAUCAUUAAAACCUGUCAUAGGUCUUUGUGAUUUUAUAAAGAAAUCAAUAAAGAAAAAUAAGGUAGUUGUAAAACUGCGACUGGGUGAAAUCCAGGUGCUCCAAGGUUAGCAGCAAAUAUCUUUAGAGCCAGUAGUUCAGCCCAAUGUGACAGAAAUUCUGCAUUUUCAUUACAUCAUGAUGGCUGAAGGAAAAAAUCAGUGCCUACAAUACUUUGACAGUGUAUCCUUACAGAAAUGUUGGAGUACUGAUUGAAAUAAGGUAUUUGACCUUCAUGGUUUGCAAGUUUCAGAGGUUUUUAAUUCUCUACUAAUUCUGAAACUCUUCAGAGUUUUCCUUCUCCUUUAUGUUUUUGAAUUACGUUGAAAUUAAGGUGCUUUUUGUUCAAGCUACUCUUCUUACGAAGUACUUUAAAAUGUUUUUUCUCAAUCUUAUGAAACUGUUGUUACCUCUUUUGUAUACUUCAGAACAAACUUGGCAAGGAGAUUUCAAACAUCUUGCUGAAAUUGUGAUAUGAGAGAGGUGAAAGGCAAAACAUUCAUUGAUCUAAAAGGGCGAGGGUGAUGCGUCUUGGUAUUUGAGGGGUGGAGGGUUGGUCUUCAUUUUGUUGGGUUUUUUCCCUGUUUUACAGAUCAGCAAAGAUUCUUUAAAUGGCAGAAGUGUGUGUAGAGGCAGCUAGGAAGGGUCAGGUUCUCUCACUGUGAAACCAUAUAACUUCAUUUAGGUUAUGAUGCUGGGAUGUCUAAAAAUCCCAGCAGUAUAAUACUGGUGAAGAAAGUCACAUCUGAGCAUUUAACACCUUAAUGAAUGUCUCCAUAUGGUUUAAGGGGAAAGACGGGGUUUGUUUUUUUUUUUUCUUCCUUGAGAACUUCAGUGUUGCUUUGUGGACAUUGGAAUAUUUUUGUCUGCUCUUUGAGAUACUAAACCUCUGGUUUUCCAUUACAUGCAAUGCAAAGCCUUUCAAAUAUCUGAACAUUUAAAAGAUGUGUUUUAUGUUUGUUGCUACAAAAUAUGUGAAGAAUUAAAACUGAAGGCACUUCAUCUACAGCUGAUAUAGAUUGUGUAAAUUCUUCACAUACAGCAUUGCCUAAUAGCGUUCUUAACAGUAUUCAUGGAUUAUGAUCCUUUUUAAAUAAAAGGUAAAUGUCCUGUAAUACUAUGAGAACAAAUAAAUACACUGUAGAAGAAAUGUCAGCCUUGGAUAUCAAUUCAACAAAUAAACAGUGAUUAAAGAAUGUACUCUUUCUCCUGUGAAACCUCUUUCUCCUUGUAAAGCUUUUUCAUGGAAAAAUAAACGUUAAAAAUUUUAUCUUU